AUGAAGAACGUGACACGCAUAGGCAUCAUUCUAGGAAUUAGCAUCGCUUUCUUCAUUGCCGAAAUUACAGCUGGUAUUCGCACCAAGAGUUUGGCGUUACUUGCAGAUGCGUUCCAUUACCUUAAUGAUAUCAUCGCAUUCGCAUUGGCAUACGUAGCGGCUCACCUCCAAGAGACGCGAAAACCUACCGACAAAUUUACCUUUGCAUUCCACCGUGCAGAACUCGUCGGCGCCUUCUUCAACAGUGUGUUUCUUCUCGCAUUGGCGCUCUCAAUAUUUCUUCAGUCUAUUGAGCGGUUCAUUCACAUCGCGCCCGUCAACUCGCCCCUCAUGAUGAUGGUGAUUGGUUGCGUUGGUCUUGGCCUCAAUAUUCUAAGCGCGUUCUUCGCCCAUGAACAUCAUGGUCAUGGCCAUGGUCAUAGCCAUAGCCAUAGCCAUAGCAUGCACGGUCAUAGUCACGUUGAUGAACGCAAUAUACAUCCUAUCGAACUGAAGGAGGUGACACCAGUACCUAUUCAUAUCCAUGCAUCGCACAACCACACAGUUCACCCUCCAAGUAGCGCCCCAGAGCAUAAUCUUGGUUUGCUUGCCGUCAUGGUGCAUCUGUUAGGGGACGCUAUCAACAGUACGCUGCCAUUCCUCUCUCGUUUAUUCGGUUUUCAAAUUCCCCUAGAUAUCGGAGUCAUCAUCGCAAGUGUCAUAAUGUGGAAGCUAGACUCACCAUAUCGCUUUUACGCCGACCCUAUGGCCUCUCUCAUCAUCAGCUUCGUCAUUUUUGGGGGAACCAUACCAACAACUCUAAAAACGGGCCGCAUGCUCUUGGAGGCAACGCCCACGCACGUGGAUUUAACAAAGGUGAAGGAAGAUCUCAUAUCUGCAAGUGUCUAUUAUCCCGUCAUCAUCUCCUCCAGCUCAUUUCCAAAUGAUAUUCACCUAUCCCAGCUUCCAGACGUCCUUUCGAUUCAUGACGUUCAUGUGUGGAGUCUUUCACAAUCAAUUGUCCUAGCGUCUCUUCACGUCCUUAUCCGUGCUGGAACGUCGUUUAAGCAAUGGGAGAUGACAGAACGAUACAUGCAGCAAUGUUUCAACGGAUACGGGAUCACCCACAUUACGAUAUCGCCUGAGAUUCAGAAAGAUACUGAAUCUGUCGUGGCAUCGGCUGAAGACUUGGUCGGAGGCUGUAAAUAUACUUCGCAGGACGAUUUCGGUUGUUCGGUUACUGACCUAAGGUUGGAGAAGCGGAGAAUUGGAGGGCUGGUGUAG